GCCGAAGACAAUCCAACACAACAUCGAGUCACUAUAUACCGACAUUACCGUCGUCCGUCCACAAGACUUGAGCACAUCAUCGAUAGUUACGGGUGUAUUCGUGUUCCUUGAAACCGAGAAUCAUGCAGCCAACUGGAGUCGCGUCAGUGUGCUUACUGUUGCUGGCGGGCAGAGCGGUGGGACACGCGAUCGGCGAGAAUCGCGCGGACUACGAAGACGCUGGAAUCGCUGCAGCGGACCGCAAGAGAGACGCCUCGCAGCAGCCGAGGGUUUUGGACAUGGAGUCGAUAUUUGCGGGUUUCGCCAAGUCGAUGAUCAGCAGGACUGGAGCUACCAGUAGUCAAAUGCUCAGCCUAAACAUGUCCAACGUGGUGCUGAUGCUGGUUCUCAAGGGACUCAUCUGGGGAGCGUCGUACAUGCAGGGGAACGGUGGCAAAAGUCGGAAGGACGGACCGGAUGCGGCGGGCUUGGGGACCGGAUUCGUGGCGAACAUGGUCACUGAGACGGAUUUGCUGUUGUUCCUUGGAUAUUUGGUGGCCGAUGAGUCAGGUCGUUACGACUGCUUGAACCGAGUGGCGUGUGAGCAACCGGCCAGGGCGGAGAGCUACCUGAAAAGCGCCGAAAUGGUGUGGAAAACUGCGAAAUUAUUGGAACCUGUGGUGCCGAUAGACGUGAAAUACGAGCAAAUGUUGAUCAAGUUGCAAGAAGCCAUUGAAGACGGUAGGGCGGACGGAGAUUGUCAGGCCAAAUACAAAUGUUCCGAUUCCACCAGCACCGAAGAUAACUUUAACCUGAUUUAAAGCGUAAAGAAAUUAAGUGACAUCGUAGGUACAUCAUAGUUUUUUUUUUUGUUUAAUAUAUAUUUUGACCAAACGAAAACGCCAUGCGCAAUCAUUCUAUGUAUUCGAUUGUUAUUAUUGCUUAUUUUAUUCACACAAUAACGCACGUACAAUAUAGUAGUAAAUAAUAAUAUUUGAUACUACUAUAAAUUGUUUUUUUUUUUCAAAAAUCUUUCGUGUUAAUUCAAUCUACCUAUAAUAAUCGUAUAUUAUUUAUGCUAUUUGAUGAACAUGACCUCAUUCAAAAUAAAAAUGUUAUUAUAUCUGCUCUUUAAUUUCUAUCACAGACCAUAACGAUUAAUGUAUACCAACUAUUGUAACUACUAGUUUCAUUAAUUUGAUUCAUCAUAUCCAAAUGACCUAUAUAAAAGUACUAUAUUUGAA